AUGUAUUUAGACACGAUUUGGCACUGGCCACCAAUGUGGCCUACACUUUUCUGUUGUAUCAGUCUUCUUUCAAGCUUCGUCUUGCUUUUUAGUACGUGGGGGAAAGCAAUAUACUCCACAACCGCUCCGAAACCACAAUCUACUGAUUCGACGCACGAGGAUGAUUAUCCGCCAGUUGAACCACUUCCGGAUUUUGACUGGAAAACGACGGAACCCAUCAAAAUUCGACCAUUUAACCCAAAAUACAACUUGACAAUGAGUAUCCAACAAACGACGGUGAAUGAACUUAUCGAAAUGGACAAGAACUACCUUGACCGUAUCAUGCUUCGAAGGAAACUCAUGGCAGAAUUCCCCAAUACAGUACUAGCAUCUGAGGAUUCUGUCAAACCAGCUGUUGAUGAGCUUUACACAUGGCUGGUUGGAACAUAUCUUCCAACAAGAUAUCCGCGUAUGUUUGAAGUAAGACCUUCCGCGGGCGGCAUUUCACCAGUUCUACGAAACUUGAUCACCGGAGAGGAUUUGUCCAUGUCUCCAGGCGAAACGCCAAGGGAAACACUUAAAACUCUCGGUGGCCUCGUGGACGAUGAUUUCCUCUUCUUAUUGCCGUCGGAAGAUGGCGACAGCUUCACUCUGAAAGGCUUUGUAACUUGUUUCCCGAAUGGGUUUAAUACAUCCAAAAAGCUUAACAUGAAGCUCCGAGAUAUCCACAAACCCGUGCCGAGCUACAAAGAGAAGCUGGAGAAAAGUAUGGAUCGAUAUUUUGCGAAGCUUAAGCCUGGAAGGUUUGUUAAAAGAGCCAAUCCCGUUCCUCUUCUUUCUAUGACACACGCUGACAUGCAAAAGGCUCGGGUUCGUGUAGAGAGGCAAUUUCUGCACCGGCUUCCUCGAAGUAAAGCAAUAGUGUUUUCAUUCAAAACUUUGCUAUACACCCUUCCAGAAAUCAAAGAAGAAGGACUUGGGGACGCCCUGGCAGAUGCAAUAGAUGGACUCAAUGAUGGAAAUGCGCCCGGUUUCCACUUUUAUAAGCGAGCAGCUGUAUGGGGAGCUUCAGCAAAGGCUUAUCUUCAAAGCUAG